UUCACAGCUGGGAAUGAAAGAGGGAACAUAGUACAAGUGACGUGCGCGCCGCCACCGCCAGCUCAUCCCCGCAAGACCUUCCACAAUCACACAGCCUCCCAGUAAACGGAUUAGCUUUACACCUGUUCUGUUCUCUGCGCCGCCGCGGUUGGAUGUGGACAACCAUGGCGGAAUAGCAACAGCGGCCGGCGGCUCCUUCCUCCCAGGGCCAGUGCAAGGCAGCAGCACCCAUCGGCGCUGAAAGCACCGGGCAACUGCAGAACCAUGGCGCUCUCCAAGGCAUCCCGCAGCAGCAUUGCUGUAAUAGAGAAAGAAAGCUUGAAAUCCAUCUUACUGCUCCAAGCCUUGAUACUUAAAGAUGAGUCUGUUAAACGACGAAAUGUUGAUGGGGGACUUUCUGUCCCCCUUCAACCAGCCGUUUUUGGCGGCUGAGGAAAGUUUGGGUCUCUUAGAUGACUGCAUUGAGGUCCCCGGGUGCCUCCCAUCGCAUGGGUUCUCCAGCGACAAGGCUAAGGAUGGCGUCUUCAACCUACUGCCUGCAGCUGAACCCUUGGGCAGUUUUCAAGGGGACGCCUUUUCUGGCAUGGAUUGGAUGGUGGAAAAGAUGGAUCUGAAGGAGUUUGAUUUUGAUUCCCUGCUUGGGAUAGAUUUAGAAUCCACCGUCUCACCAGACGAGCUCAUGGCCACGUUGGAUGACUCGUGUGAUCUCCUAGAGGACCCUCCUUUCACAAUGGUGCUCGGCGAUUAUAUGCCACACAAAAUCUCUCUCCCAGAAUCUCCACUGGAAGCUGAUCAAGUGGCCCCAGUAAACCCAAAAUUAGAAGAGUCCCUCCUCUCUAGCCCUGAUCAUUCCUUUAUCUUAGAAGUAGGCAGCGAGGUAGAUGUUGCUGAAGAUGAAAAGAAAUUGACAUUGGUGUACACUUACGAAUCUGUGAAGUGUGAAAAGGAAGAUUCCUCAGAUAACGAUAGUGGUAUUUGUAUGAGUCCUUCAUCUGAUUUAGAAUCUUCCCAGCAAAGCCCAACAUUUACAUUAGAAUACCCCAGUAGUGUUCCGUCCCCCCCUUCUUCCCCAGUCUCUGAGAGACCCAAACCAUACGAUCUUCCUUCUAAGGACAAAGAAGUGUUGGCGAAGGUAAAACAAGUUGGCGGGCCGAUAAAAACAGACAAAAAGAAGAAAAAAAUGGAGCAGAACAAAACGGCUGCCACUCGCUACAGGCAGAAGAAAAGAGCAGAGCAAGAGGCAAUAUCUGGAGAGUGUAGAGAACUAGAGGCGAAAAAUGAUGCCCUGAAUGAAAAGGCAGAUUCCAUAGCAAAAGAGAUCCAGUAUUUGAAAGAUUUGAUCGAAGAAGUGCGGAAGGCCAAAAGCAAACGAGCAAACAGUUCUUGAGUAGGAAGAAAAGUUAGAGCGUUGUAUAUAGACAUCAUUUGGUUAAUAUUGUCAGGAUGGAUGCUUAAUAAAUUAUUUUAUAGUGAAA